AUGACCGCCUUCUCUUCCUCUCUCAUACUCUCUCCUAUCCUUCACUUUUCCCUCUCCCAAACUCCCCUUCCUUCCACUCUCUCUCUCUCUUCUUCAUCCUCUCCUCUCCCCUUCCUCUCCCCCCCUCCUCCCUUCUCCUCUUUCCCCCUCUCUCUCCUACUACCCUCCCACUCUCUCCUCCCUCCCCCACCACUCGCACGCCACUGUGUUGAUCACACAGCAAUUCUCCUCUCCCCCCCUCCCCCUUUUAUCUACCCUCCCCCCUCCUCCACUCCUCUCCCCUACCUCCCUCAUCCUUCCUCCUCUCCCCUCUUCCCUCCUCCACCCCUUCUUCUCUUCCUCUUCCUCCCCCCCCCUUCCAUCCCCCCCUACCCUCCCCCUCUCCCUCCCUUCCCUCCCUCCUCUCCCCCCCUUCACUCUCCCCCCCUCCUCCCACCCCACCCUCUCCCACCCCCCCCUCCUCUUUACCCCCCUUCGCCUUCUUACCCCUCUCCUCCCUCCCCUCUCCCCCUCUCCCCCCCCACUUCCCCCCCCAUAAAUCACAAACCAGUAAUUUAA